AUGGAUCCCAUGGGUGGUUUAAGGGAUAUUAACUCCCUGUCUGAUAGGCCCAGAAGGCCACUGAGCUCUGCUUUCAGCGAGCAUGAGGAGGAUAUGGCGGAUGUUGAAUUUGCGCCUCGUGCCGAUGCAGCACUGUUGGAGGGUAGGUCAACCCGGAUGCCCGAUGGAGCCUCAAGAGUCCCGAAACUAAUUCCUGCUGUAGAAGGGGAUUACACUUCGUCCGACGAGGACAGCUCGCCAAAGAGGAAGGGUCGAAGGACGGGGCAUGCGAGAAAUUCCUCCACAAUAUACGACAGAGCAGUAUCAGCCAAGGUCAAUCCCACACCGAUCAGCCAUCUUGAACCACCCGAAAGCAAGAUUCGGAUCAUGAUCAGGGAUUUCAGGAAAACCCCCGAGAAGCCCCUCUCCCGAGCCCGGGUGGUCUUCCGCGCCUUCUCCCUGAUCGCUUCGGGGACGGUUCUGGGAGCCGCGGCGCACAUGCUCUGGCAUUACAUCGACACAAAAGGCGAAUUCUACGACGGAAAAUUGAUCUGGCCAGAGAACCUCACCCUCAUGCCGACAGCUCUGAUGUUGGCUAUAGCUGCUUACACAUUCCUGACCGACUUGGGCUUCCUCAUCGGGAGCGCCUGGAAAGACGUAACGAUUCCCCAAUCCAUCCCAAAUCCUCCACUCCCAUGCAUACUAAAUGAGCAAUAGUUCCGGUAUCUGAAAAACAAAACCGCCGCCAUCAUAGUCGCCCUAAAUUCAUUCACCAGUUGUAUCGGUUGGAUCCUCUCAAUCCUGUUCUCCCUCCAACAACGGGACAGACCAACCCUGUGAGUUUUCAACCUCCCCCCCCCCCCCAAACAAGCAAUCGACCCCACUAACAACCUCUCCACAGACUCUGGGUUUGCUCCGUGAAAGAGGUUCAUUUUUCAGCUGACGAAUCGGAGGGUGCUCCUAUGGACUUUGCCCUUCAUUGCAUUGAAUUAGUACGUUCCCUUCCAGCUCCACCAGAUUCAAAUUCCUAACCAGUCUCCGCAGAGGUUCACGUGGAUCGCCGCCUGCAUUGUCGCCGCUGCGCAAGGGCUUGUAGUAUUCACCAUCGUUUUCAGCUAUUGCGGCGGCCGCCCCAAGAAGCCAAAGUUUAAGGUGCCGAAGCACGUCCGCUUGGCAGGACGCUGGUCUUCAUUCACAGGCGGAGCCUCUGAAUGGGUGAAUGAAAAGAUGAAGCUAUUUAAAAAGUAA